AUGAAUUUGAACGAAUGCGCAGUCUCUUGCGCCAGAACACCUCAUUAUGGAACCUUGAAAAACAAAGACCGAAUAACACAGCACGUACUCCGUCACAAUGGAUGUGUCACUCUUUCACAUCUACCCUCCGUCUUAUAGUCGAAACCCCUCCUGAAUCCUGCGCUCGCUUAUCUAUUGAAUCCUCCGUCCGCCGAUGAAUUACAGCAUUGCAUCCCCGAUCGACCACUUACGUCCGAGCAUAAAGCAUAUUGAUUGACUCCUAACUUUUAUCUCGCAUUCACCGCUAUCUGUUCCGCGUCCAGUGACCCUGUACAUUCGUUUGGUCUCCUCCGGACUCCUUCAUCCUGAUCCAGCAUGCCAGUCAACGCUCGAUCCAAGAAAGGCCGACCCAAACUCGCCAAGAUAUUCGACAAGCGCAAGAAAGCCGGUGUCGGCCUGGCAGCCAGUCCGGCAUCGCCCCGGGGGAUUCUAGCACAAGCACGGAGAAGGAGUCUUCAGAGGAAGCGCGAUCGGGGAGAUUUCGGAGUUGCUGCGAACACCACCAAAUUGAAUGCGACGCAGCUCCGGGCAGCAUGGCAGCCCUCCAAGUCAAGAAAGAUGCCGAUUCUUCCGCCUUCUUCAGAUGCGUUGGAAAAGAACUGCCUUCGUCAAGACCCGUGUUCCCAGAACUAUACUUUCGUCCCCAAGGGCGAUGUCUACAUUACACGUCAUUGCCGCAGUAAGACCAAAGAGGCUCGUCAGGUUGUCUAUGUGGUUUAUGACGACAAGGGAAAGUCCACCAUCGGCCUGCGUGUUCCAUCCGAUAUCUUCGAGUCUGUCCGCAGCUCCGCAGCGGAAACAGCCAAGUCUCGCGCUCAAGCCGUCCAGAGUCGAGAUGUGCGAGACCUUUCCAAGGCCCGUCAGCUCCUCCGCACCCAGUUUCCUCUCAUGCCGGAGAACGUGCUGGAGACAAUUGUCAACCAUGCCUUCUUGAAAGGUGCCGGGCGCGUAGGACGCGCCACCACCGUGUCGGACAAGCGCAAGGCCAUCUUGGCUGCGGAAGCGCAUAUCCGACACACACAGACUCCAUACGAUUCCCUUCUUCACUCGGGUCUGGCAAGGGAAGAAGCGCGCGAAGCGGUCUUCGGACUAGUCCGAGCCAUCCGGGCUGCUUGGGAGGGCGGUGAUCAAGAGACGCUGAAAAGGGCUCUCGCGUUGCGGAAUCGAGCAACAUGAUAUUCGUCUGCCCGUGUUCUGAAUCUUUUGAUCCUCUGCAUUCCGCUAUAGGAUUUUUGUCGGUUUGUUUCUGAUUUCAUGCGUGCUCGACGAAUUUGCUUUUCGGAUCAACUCUUAUAUUUAGCAUUAGACUUGGGAGAGGUCGCAACACCUCGCAUAGAUGAUACCUCUAGUUGCUUUUUGUUUCUGCCUAUGGAGUUGGGGAUGCACAUGACGCUUUAUGGGGGGUACACUGUGUACUUGAUUAGAAUCUACUACAAGCUCAGGCUAAU